AUGUUUCGGGCCUCACUGUGUCUGCGUCGGGCCCUCGAUGAGGCCCUCACAAAGGUGCAGAAGGUGUGGAAUAUGGACUUUGCUGGCACACCAACGACGAAAGACCUCAUGUUUUACGAGAAACCAGCGUCGUCCACGCCCCUCUACCACGUGGUGGACCUUGACGGCACAGUUGUUAGCCCGACUGGUGAGCCGGAGGUGCCGAAGGAAGUGUUGGUGAAAAUGAUGGAGACGAUGCUGCGGCAACACACGAUUGAUGCCAUGUUGAUGAAGGCGCAGCGGCAGGGCCGCAUUGCAUUUUACUUGACGUGCUUUGGCGAGGAAGCCGCAGUCGUUGGCGCCGCAGCUGCGCUACAGAUCUGUGACGAGGUCUUCCUGCAGUAUCGUGAGGCCGCCCUCCUAACGUACCGUGGCUAUACUAUUCAAGAGAUGGUGGCGCAGUGUAUUGGCAACGUUGAGAACGAGAUGAAAGGGCGCCAGAUGCCUAUUCACUACGGCUCACGCAAGCUGAAUGUGCACAUGAUUAGCUCACCUCUGGCAACACACGUCCCGCACGGGACAGGCGCUGGCUAUGCCUUUCGUCUUGAGAACGAGCAGCAGAAGGAUGCCAGCAAAAAGCGCAUCGCCGCAGUGUUCUGUGGUGAGGGUGCCACAAGCGAGGGGGACUUCUAUGCCGGUCUCAACUUCGCUGCGGCGAUGGGCUCGAACACGCNGUUCUGUGGUGAGGGUGCCACAAGCGAGGGGGACUUCUAUGCCGGUCUCAACUUCGCUGCGGCGAUGGGCUCGAACACGCUUUAUGUCGUGCGCAACAACGGGUACGCCAUCUCCACCCCCACGCGAUCGCAGUACUGUGGCGAUGGCGUUCUUGCACACGGCACAAGUUGCGGUAUCCCCUCCGCACGUGUGGACGGCCACGACGUGUUGGCGGUGAUACAGACAGUGCGCCGCGCCCGUGACAUAAUUCUCACCACGAACCGGCCUGUGCUUGUGGAGGCCAUGACGUACCGCGUCUCGCACCACUCCUCUUCCGACGACAGCUUGGCGUACCGGUCCCGGGACGAAGUGGAAUACUUCGCCAAGACGCUUUCGCCUAUCGCCCGUUUUGAGAAGUACAUGAUGAAGAAGGCACUGUGGAGCCCUGCGCAGUCGGAGGCGUUGGUGCAGCAGGUGCGGCAGGAGGUGCUCGAGGAGCUGCGGCGGCAGGAGAAGCUGCCCAUGUGGCCGCUAGAGACGCUGCACGACGAUGUCUACAAGAUCAUGACACCGGAGUUGCGAGAGGCGCAGCGUGAGUUGGAGGAACACUACGCGCGCAACAGCGAGUUGUACAAGGAGUGA